CUUAUGUUUUGUUUUUUCCUGCUCUUUACUUAUUGUUUAUUCGCCUGCAGACAAAAACUCAGGGAGGAAAAACUCAAAUUUUUCCGGUCCGGUGUCACGUGACGGCGCCGCUUAGCUUGUGUGUGGUUGAAGCUCAGCUGACUCUGGUGAAGUUAGCCUCCUGCUGCUUUUCUUGUUAUUCGGUUUUAGUCUGUGAUGCAGCAGACCCAGUUUUGUUUUUAACAAGAAAAUGGAGCGGUACGGGUCGGACACGGAGGCGGACGACACACCGCUGCUUCACCGAAGACAAGGAGAGAAAGUCCAGAGAGCCCCAGCAUGCUGUUCAUCACGCUAUGGCCUGGCGGUGCUCUCCUCUUUUGGCUUCUUUGUCGUCUACUCCUUGCGGGUGAACCUCAGCGUGGCCAUGGUGGACAUGCUCAACAACACCCACACAUCCAGCCCCAACCACAGCAGCUCUAUAUGUCCUGCUCAUGACAGCCCUGUACGGCCCAAACACAACCACACGGCUAGUGUGUACAACUGGGACUCUGAGACACAGGGCUGGAUCCUUGGCUCCUUCUUCUACGGCUACAUUCUGACACAGAUCCCUGGGGGCUAUCUGGCUGGCCGCUGUGGACCCAAAUGGCUGCUUGGAUUUGGAAUCCUAGGAACUGUAAUUUUCACGCUGCUCACCCCUGUAGCUGCUGACCUGGGUGCAAGCUACCUCAUCGCUGUCAGGGUGCUGGAAGGGGUAGGAGAGGGAGUGACAUUCCCUGCAAUGUACACCAUGUGGGCAGCGUGGGCUCCACCACUGGAGAGGAGCCGACUGCUCACCAUUUCCUACAUCGGAGCCCAGCUGGGGACGGUAGUAUCUCUCCCUCUGUCUGGUGAAAUCUGCUUCUACCUGGACUGGACCUACGUCUUCUAUGUAUUUGGUGUUGUUGGCCUGGUUUGGUUUGUCUUGUGGGCCCUUCUCGUCUUUGACAGUCCAAACACUCACCCGCGGAUUUCAGAAAAGGAGAGACUUUACAUCACCAGCUCACUCAAGAAUGAGCUGUCCACCUCAGCAGGCAACAUCCCCUGGCGAUCCAUAGUGACGUCCAGACCUCUGUUGGCCAUCGUCGUGGCUCACUUCUCCUACAACUGGACCUUCUACACCCUUCUCACCCUGCUGCCAACCUACAUGAACGAUGUACUGGGAUUCAGCAUACAGCAGAACGGUAUGCUGUCUGCUCUUCCUUACAUUGGCUGCGCUGUGCUGGCUGUGCUGAGUGGCCAACUUGCUGAUUACCUGCGAGAAACCUGCCAAUACCCCACUGUCACUGUCAGGAAGGCCUUCUCCCUUGUUGGUAUGAUCGGGCCGGCGGUGUUCCUGGUGGCAGCAGGAUAUACAGGCUGUAACUACACCCUGGCUGUGACCUUCCUCACCAUCUCCUCUGCGCUGGGUGGAGUGUCUGCCUCUGGUUUCAACAUCAACCACCUUGAUAUUGCUCCUUCGUACGCUGGUAUUCUCCUGGGAAUCACCAACACCUUUGCUACCAUUCCUGGCAUGGUGGGACCUGUCAUAGCAAGAGCUCUCACCAAACAAGGCACCAUAGAAGAAUGGCAGAUUGUUUUCUACAUCGCUGCUGCCAUAAACCUGUUCGGAGCGGUGUUCUACACUGUGUUUGGCCGAGGAACGGUGCAGCCCUGGGCCGUGCACACAACCUUCUCUCAUGGAGACUGAGGCAGAACACGAGUGCUGGACUCGUCCUUUUGAUGAUUCUGAUUCAUCACGUGGACAAGACUUAAUCAUGGGCUUUAUUCAACGGGUAAUCAGCAAGAGAUGUGCUGAUGAUUCUCAAAGUGCGGCUAGAUAACAGUGAGUAACAGCCAUAAUGCCCUCAAGGAUGUUCUUUACUGUGACUGUUGACAGAUGAACUUACAGACACAGCAAUGAACAAAGAUGAUUUCUUUUAGGCAAAAAAACUAAUUUAGCAGAGCAAUCACUGUAUGCAUCUCUAAUUGUCAAAGGAAGCUGUUAUCAUGAACGAAGCACUCUUCACAAACUGAAAAAAGGGAAUGUAGCUAGUUAGUUAUAAACCUGCAGGUUAUCUAAACCUUAUUGAUUGUCAAGCACUAUGAACACCAUGGUGAAUGCACUAUGAUAAACAAGUUAUCUCAAUGUAGUUCCUUUCUGGUGUCCAGGUAUGUCAGUAAGCCAACUUGCUAGGCCCCAAUUUUUUUUAUUUCUGUCGCCAAACCCUUUUGAGUUAUUGCCACAUUAAAAGUGAACGCUCUUAUUAUUUUAUUUAAUUUCACUUGUUUAUGUAAAGUUUGGGAGAAAACACAAAAUUUGCUACUUCGCAAACAAGAAUUAAGUGCCAAUAUGUGUUGUUUUUAAGUAUGUAAAUGGUUUGCCCAGGAAAAAAACAUAUGUAACAAUGGAAAUAUCCCAAAUUAGACGGACACAACUGAUUAUGUAUUUUAAGUAGGGCCGGGACUCGAUUAAAAAAAAUAAUCUAAUUAAUUAGAGGCUUUGUAAUUAAUUAAUCGAAAUUAAUUGCAUUUUAAUCGCAUAUACAUUUUUGACCUGAGAACAGUGAGAAGUAAUUUUUUUCACAUGGAUUUUUAGUAUACCAUUGAAUAAUGACUGAAUACAUAAGCUUAAGCAAUAAAAAUAUUCCAAGUCCAACAGACCAUCCGUGUGGUUUGUUGUUGUCUGAACGCUAGUUGGUGCUCCAGUAUAAUCGGUCCGCCUGAAACUCAUCCAGUGAGAAACAUUCCGCGGUGCAAAAUUAAGUGUGAUUAAAAUGCGUAAAAAAAUUUUAACGCGUUAAUUUUUGUGUAAUUAAUUAAUCUUAAUUAACGCGUUAAAGUCCCGGCCCUAAUUUAAGAGGAUGUUAUUACUGCACAGCACGCACAAACAAGUGUUUGGUGAAAUGCCUUACAGUACGCACACCCUGAGAUGCAAGUGAGACCAAAAAAUAUGUUGAUCCAUUUCUUAGUCUGAUAUGUAUAGUUUUCUCUCCUGUAUUAAUGACAUAAGUGUUUGUUGAUGUAAUACUGAUUUCAGCCACAAGAAGCUCAAAUGCAUCUUUUAAAUAGGACUAAAAGCAUCCAUGUUUUCUUCCAGGUGGGUUUUUAUUUAAAACCUUUUUUUUUACCUGUUUGCAAAUGAGAAAAAAUAAUUUAAACAGAUUAUAGUGGAAUCCAUUUUUUACCUGUUCUUAGGUCAUAAACACAGAAGAAAAAAAACUUCAUAUCAGACUUAAAAAAUUAAUCACCAUAAUUAAUUUUUUCACUUGCCUCUCAGAUCUUCCGUAUUAUAGUGAAGCCUCCUUAAAAUUGAUUUAAAAGAGCUUUGUCUUUUAUGUGAUUUUUAAAUGGACCAUUUUUUUUGUAUGUCCUUGUCGUAUGGUGCCGUCAAGGGAUUUUAUGUGCACAAUAUGUAUAGUCUUUUCAGGUUAUGUCCACCAGGCGCCUCUUUUACUUUAGGUAGCUGAUUCUUAUGGAAAGCACGGGUCAAUAUAUUUUAAUCUGCAACACUAACAAGAUGUUAAGCUAUUGGUGCUCUUAGCACCUUUCUGAUGAAGGGAAUGAAAAAAAUGCUCCUGGUGGACACAGCCCAAUUUUACUCACAGGAUUUGCACUUUCUGUGUCAAUUCUCAGGUAUCUUCUGUCUUACAAGGAUUGAAAAGGAUGUUUGUUUACUUUUUCAUAUUGAUUGAUUGCCACAUUGAGGUAUGUGUCCUCAAAUUUUAAGUGUCAACUGAAUUAGAUCCCAUUUUAGACUUAUUUCAAAUAGCACAGUUUGCCAGCGGUAAUGCUUUAUACCUACUUUUCAUCUAUAUAACCAGCUGAUUAAAUAUAUUUUUUCCACAAAGCUUGUACUUUGUCAAGUCAUAGAGGUAAAUCAGAAGUAAGCCACAGGGAAAAAAAUGUAUCUUGGUUGUAAUUUCUGUCAACAAGUAGCAUCACCAUCCCAAUUUAAGAUGCAAUGCACUUGUGCCUUAUUACAUUAGCAGACAAUUCAGCACUGUAGACUCACUGUUCUCAUAAAGGUUUCCCUUUGUCAA